AUGGACGAUCCCGACAUUUCGUGGCCCGCCUGGAAGUUUGGCCUGAAGCGGGACGACUUAUUUACGACACUCCACGAUCAGUACAACACCUUUACCUACACCCUCCAAGACCCCGAAGCCUUUCACCACGAUGUCUACGAAAUUUCCCACCGUGCGGACACGGCCGAAGAGUUCCAUCGCUUCAUGGCGGCUCGGCAGCGGCAGCGGCUCUCCGAACUCGAGGAGUCUCUUGAAACGCUCGCUGUCGAGAUCAUUGCCAAUCCGAAGUUGAUCGGUUCUGACCAGUGGCAGCACGCCCUUCAGCUCUUCCGGACCAAGUCCUUCGACUCCAUUGUCCGAUACUUUGCAAGCUACCUCCCCGAUGAUUACCUUGAUCGCCACGGACCCAGCUCCGUGCCGUCGAUGUCAUCGUCGUUUUCCGAAGCCGAUUCUAUUCACACGACCAGCACAAAGGCCAGCAGCGCCGGCGAUGCUCCUUACUUUGUCGACGACGACGACGACGAGUUCUUCCCCCACGGCUCCAUCACCGCCGAGCCCUGCGCUAUCAACACUCGAGACAUGCCCCUUUCACCAGAGUCUGAGGGCUCUCCAUCCGAGUCGGCCGAUUCGCCGGCAUUCACCUCGACGAACCCGCCGUCGCGGUCCAUGUCCUUCUCCAGCAAGCGCUCGGAGCGCCUAGACUCUCACUUUAUCAGGCGAUCUUCGAUUCGUGACGAUGACGAGACGUCUCAAUCCGACGACGGCGACACGACAGUCACGUCUGUGUGCGAUUCCACGGAGACUCGAUCUUCCUUUGACCCCACCGAUGUCGCCGACAAUGCCAAGGAGGAGUCCUUACCUGUACACAUUGUAGAUGGGGAUGAGGAAGACGAUGAAUUUUCUACCGCUCAACUUCCGGAAGACGAUUUCUGCAUUUUAGACUCCCUCGAUACCCCAACCUCGUUCAACAGCAACAAUACCAAUUAUGAUACCCUUGAAUCCGACAACACCCCCACCCCUAGGCAAGUCUCUGAAUCCACAAGUUAUGUCGACUAUAAAACCGCGAUUCUGCGAAAAGCAUCACCAUCGCAGCAACGCCCUUCAUACCGCCGCUCCCCAUCGCCGAGAUCGCUUCUUGGCCGGCGGCGAGAGGGGAGUCCCCCCCAAGAUGUCCGAAGAAGCCCGGAGGAGGCGCUCAGCAGGAUACAAAAGCCCAAGAGCAGCAGCAGCAGCAGUAGCAGCAGCAGGAGGUGGUUGGCUUGA